UAAUAAGGCAGGUGGUAUGACAUGGAUAGGAAUCAGACAUAUUUUUCGACUUUACGUUGUGAUUAGUUGGUUGUCUACGCAUGGAUGUGCUUAAGUGUUUGAGGAUCUGUUUUUUGUGCUGUAAGGAUCAACAGGCAAUGGGAUUUCACUGUUUAUCAACAGAAGACUUCACUUGAGGACUUGCUAUAAACAUGGUACCAAAUUCGUGACAGCAGGAAACAAUCUGAAUGACAUAUUGAUAUCAACUUUUCUAAUUAAUCAGUUUGAAAGAUGUUAGAAUAUUAGAGUUGUGACAAUGGGCGUUCAUGGGUUCACAUCAUACAUUGACAGCAAUCCUCACUUCCUCCAAGACUACCGUUUCCAUGACAGUAAACUAGUGAUAGAUGGGAACAACUUCUAUUACUUUUUAUACUACUAUUGCCAUGUGAGGUAUCAGUUCGGUGGGGAUUAUGACCAGUAUUCCAAAAAGGUCAAAGAGAUUUUUCAGACAUUGAAAUCAUGUAACAUUGAACCUUUCGUUGUGUUUGAUGGUGGGUAUGAAACUGAUGGAAGAAAGCUAAAAACCACCCUUUACAGAGCAAAAGAAAGAAUUCACCUUGCUGGAUUGAUUUCCAAUGGAAAACGUGGGAAAGUCCUUCCCAUUCUUGCGUACGAAACCUUCAAGACGACACUAGACUUGGUGGGAAUUCCUCACGUGACAUGUGACUUUGAAGCUGAUCGACAACUGGUUACUUUAGCCAAUUUUUGGAACUGUCCAGUCCUCAGUAACGACAGUGAUUUUUUCAUCUUCAAUUUGAAAGCUGGGCUUAUCAUUUUAGACUACGUGGACUUCAGAAUAACCUAUGGUGAAGAUGAAGACACGCACAAAACAUUUCCAUAUGUAUCUUCCCAGUUGUUUCACAUCGAGCAUUUUGUUAAAAGUGUCAACGGUGUUGAUAAGUCAUGCAUGCCUCUUUUUGCAACUUUGGUGGGAAACGACUUUGUUGAUGCCACAGUCUUUGAACCUUUCUUCUCUCAGCUUAAAUAUUGCCAGAAAUCUAAAAAGAAUAAACUGAUAAUGUCCAAGAAGUUUUCUAAAAUGGUUGCCAUUUUACAUUGGCUGAAGCACAACCACAACAUAACUGAUGCUGUUGAAUCCCUUCUUGCAUACUUCAGCUCUGCAAGUAAAGAACGUGUUCAAAAGAUAAUAACCAGGUCUAUAGAUUCUUACAUUGAUCCCGAAACCUUUGAAUCAUUUGACCUUCAGAAGUAUUUUGAAGGUGACUCAAGAGCAGAAGCUGCUCUGUACACUGAUACAUGCAAGGCAUAUAAUGGAACAUCACUUCCUACUUGGUUUGUCCAGUCUCUCAGGUGUGGAGAUUGUUGUGGAUUCUACAUACAGAACUCCAUAGUUCUGCAUCGAAUUGUCCAGCAGACCCAGGUUGAAGACCUGAGACAGCCCUCGACAUAUGUUAGGUCUGAGAGGAUCAGGAAGGUGAUGUAUGGUAUUCUGUUAAAGGAAGAUGUUUCGUCACUCGAAGAGCAAAGUCUAACGGUUAAAGCCCAGGCUGUUGAGGAAUAUGUGAGAGAGCGCAAACAUUUGAAGAAGACCCUUGUUGACCCAGUAAUGGAAUUGCCAGAGUAUGGGAAACUCCCAGGAGUGAGUGACAUUCCACACUGCUCACUAACACGUAAAAGGCAAAUUCUUACUGAAAGUUUGUCAUUGAGUGUGGACUUUGUUAAUCUCUUUUCUCAUGACCUGCAGCUAAUCAUGGCAUCUGUUAUUUUCUGGCUUAAUAAUGCUGAACCUAAGGUGACAAGGCAUCAUUUAGAUGCUGUCUUUGUUUGCAUCAUAUUUCUCCAUGUCAAAGCCAGACUUGAAAGCAGUCGUUCUGGGGGGUGCUUGUCAUUGCUGCCUACUAGUCAAGGAAACCAAGAUGAAACGCAUGAAAGUAAGAAAAAUGGACAUUGUGAUGUUUCGGAACCUGUGAGCCAAUUGAGUGUUUCAGAAAGCUGUGAUGUUGCUACAGAAAAGGAACUGGUCAUGGUGUGCAAUAACCUUUCCAAACACCACCGGGAGAUGCAGAAAGUAACGAAUACGAAUCCAAUUGAGCCUCAGAUUACUCAUGGGUUUUCACAACUCCAGGCUUGCCUCUUGGACACAAUCCAUCUGAAUCAGGUCUUACAGUAUCCCUUUUCAAAACCCUGUCUGACAAAGCUUUUGAACUGCACCUUUUUGUACAACUUCUGUAGAGAUCUUCAUACCAGGGUAGAUGCGAACCACUGCAUACAAGGGAUGUUGAUAAAAGGUUCUCCUCUUGCCGACUUGUUCACCAAAAUGCAGACGGCCAUUUUAGGAGCAAUUUCUGCAGAGUUCUUCCAAGAUUCAGCGAGUAAGAGAAAGAAAACAGCAAGGAAGCGUGAAAAAAAGAAAGCUGGAACAGUUACAGCUUCUGACUUGGUGGAUGAUGCUGAUGAUAAUGUGAACACAGACAGUGACCCUAUGUAUGAUGUUAUUGCUGACUGUGAUCUUAACAAUAAAUUCAGUGCUCUGCUCCUGGAUAAUGAUGUAUAUUAAGAUACAUGAAAAUUUCUGAAGGGGGCUGCUGGGAACACACUUAAGUAUUGAUACUGCCUUCAGAAAGCUGUAGUUCAGAGGCAAGUUGCUGGAGUGUAUUAAGAGACUCAAUUUUUAAUUUUAAUUUUGUUUUUGUUUUUGUUAAAUUAUAAUAAAGCAGACUUUCCACUUCUUCUCCCCCCCCCCCCCCCCCCCCCCCCCCCGAUUUAUGAAUAUUCAAGUGGCACGAAAUGCAUAUAAAAUUAUAAUGUAACAACUGAUACUUUUAACACAAAGCCACAUGGUAUAUACAGGCAGGGCUCAAACUUAAAAAUUUGUCUUCCGCAGCAAUUUUUAAUAGAAUUGCCAUGGGUGAGACGACCCACUGACGGCAAUGUUGAGCCUGUGUAUGGCAAUAUUUAAACUGACAUAUGCAGAAAAUAUGUAUGUAGACAUUUCAAACGUGCAAAUGUUAAAUAUUGGCAGUAUACAUUUUACCAUUGUUGAGGAACUUUACUGAUGGCACAACAGUGCCUCAGUGAUGCUCUCUACCUAUGGCAAUUUAUAUCUCGAUGACGGCAAUUGUCGUUGGUGCCAUCGGUAAGUUCAAGCCCUGUACAGGUGCCUAUGAGGUCCUUGAACCACAGAUGUUCUUGGGAACAUUUUGAUACAUUUUGUACGUAUAGGGGCGGGAUCGUGAUCAGUUGAUUGAGCACUCGUCUGAUGUACUUGGGUCGCAGGAACGACUUCCAUUGGCAGACCCAUGCAGUUUUCCUGUCCUAAAUCAAAGGUCAUGGUAUAAGCUGUGCCUAUAAAAUAUCCUUUGGUGAUAGUGAAAAACAAAUGUAGCAAGUUUACUCCAAAGACCAUGUAUCAGAAUUAAAUGACCGAUAAUUAAUAUGGGGCAGAAUUUAGCUUAGUCAGUAGAGUACUUGCCUAAAGUACAUUGAUGGAUUGAACCAUUCUAUGAUUGCUUUUUUUUCCUGUUCCAACCAGUACCCCAUGACUGGUAUUUAAAAGGCUGUGGUAUGUGCUGUCCUAUGUGGGAAAAUGCAUAUUAAAGAUCCCUUGCUGCUAAUCAAAAGAUAGUGGAUUUUCUCUAAGACUUUCCUAAAAAAUUAUCAAAUGUUUGACACCCAGUAGCCAAUGAUUAAUAAAUCAAUGUGCUCUAGUGGUGUCUUUAAAUUGAAAAAAUAAUUUCCUUUUUGUACAUGUAUAUACUAGAGACAACACUGGUGUGUUUUUUGUUUUUAAUUUUAUUAGGCAGUUAUUUCCCCUUAAUCCCAUAUAGUAAGGUUUUUUUUACAAACUUGCAGGUAUUCAUUUAUGAAAUGCAUGUAAUACAAUGUAGUUUUAGGCACAAAUUGGCUCAGGUGUUGGGUUUAUUGUUGUUGUUUCUUUUGGGGGGGCAUGGGGGGGGGGGGGAGGUGCAUUGAUGAAGACAAAAUGUUAAGUUAUAAGUGACAACAGCAUCACUUUGUGUUACCUCUUCAUUAGUCUUGAUAUCCAUCUUUUCUUACUAAUUUCAGUCCCAGUCCAACGAAACUAGGAUGUUUGACUUAGUGCAUGUUAAACAAAUUAAAAAUUGAUUCAUAUUUUAAUAAUCAUCAAGUUUUACUGCACAAAACGAAGCUUAAACCUAGUGUUUGUGCUGAGGUUAUAUUAAUUUUUAUACUUUAAAUAUAGAUCAUGGGAAAUAAAUUACUUUUAUUCAUAUAUUUUAUUAUCUUAUUUUAUUUUUAUUUAUAAUUAAAAAGUAUACAUUAC